GGCUGCAGGGAUUCUCCGGGACUCGCGCCGGGGACCGUGCUCGGGAAUCCUGCGGGGGUGGGAAGGGGGCUCGGGCUCGGCGCCUCCGCCGCAGGGGGGCGCUGCCCGGCUCCCCGGCGCUGGCGCUGCGGGCCGCCCCCGCGGCUGGGCGUGCCGCCUGCAAGAUGUCGGUGCGCCGCGGCCGGCGGCCGGCGCGGCCCGGGACCCGCCUCUCCUGGCUGCUGUGCUGCAGCGCCCUGCUGUCCCCGGCCGCGGGCUACGUGAUCGUGAGCUCCGUGUCCUGGGCCGUCACCAACGAGGUGGACGAGGAGCUGGACAGCGCCUCCACCGAGGAGGCUAUGCCCGCGCUGCUGGAGGACUCGGGCAGCAUCUGGCAGCAGAGCUUCCCCGCCUCGGCUCACAAGGAGGACGCGCACCUGCGGCCCCCGGCGGGCGCCGCGCGCUCCAGGCCGCCCCCUGCGCCGCCCGGGAUGUUCUCCUACCGGCGUGAGGGCAGCCAGGCGGCCGGUGCCCCCCCGGCCCCGAGGCUGCGAGCCGCCACCGUCCGCUCCCUGGCCCACGCCAGCGCCUGGGGCUGCCUGGCCACCGUGUCCGCCCACGAGAAGAUCCAAGGACUGCCAUUUGGGAACUGCCUGCCCAUCAGUGAUGGCCCCAUCAACAAUAGCACUGGGAUUCCUUUCUUCUACAUGACAGCCAAGGACCCCGUGGUGGCCGAUCUGUUGAAGAACCCCAUGGCCUCGCUGACGCUACCGGAAUCAGAAGGAGAGUUCUGCAGAAAAAACAUCGUUGACCCGGAGGAUCCCCGAUGUGUCCGGUUAACACUCACCGGCCAGAUGAUUGCAGUGUCUCCAGAAGAAGUAGAAUUUGCCAAGCAAGCCAUGUUUUCAAGGCACCCAGGGCUGAGGAAGUGGCCUCGUCAGUAUGAAUGGUUCUUUAUGAAGAUGAAGGUAGAACAUAUCUGGCUUCAGAAAUGGUAUGGAGGCGUAUCCGAUAUUUCAAGGGAGGAAUAUUUCAAAGCAGUUCCCAGAAAGGCCUGAUGGAGUAAGAAGAAAGUCCUUAGUGUUUGCACUUAAAUGAAAACCUUUUCAGUGAUGAAGCCAGACAGCUAUUGACCACUGUCUCUUUGUUGAAGGGUUCACAGCAGCCCUGCCAUCCCUACAGUAGAAUGAGAGAGGGGGAACAGGGAACUCUAUGCUAGAUGUGAGAUUAAAGUAGUCAUUUGCAGAUCUCCAACUCACACGGAUACUUCGCAUAGAUAGUCUUUAUUCAGUUGUAUUCAAUCCAAACUCACCUAUUCAGAAAUCGUAUAACAGUGGUGGUGAAAAUGACAUGUUGAGAUCGUUGCUGUUUCCUUCUUUAAGAAAAAAAAAAAUGCCUGUACGUACAAUGUGAUUGCUGUGUAUUGUGAGAGUACUUUUGUUGCUUGCGGUGCCAAACGCGAUCUUGGUUCUCAGCUCACUGCAACCACAAAGGAGGUGACUGGGCAUCACACAGCCACAACAUCAUAUUAGGGCGAGGGUGGAAGACUGUAUGUCUAUGGAUUACUCCUCCUGCUGGUGGAUUGCAAAUGCAUUAUUAAGUCAUACUGGCUAGAAUAUACUGGUCACUUAUGCAGCUUUUUCCCCACCAUAACGUGAAACAGUUAAGAACAUAGGAUGCUUUGUGCACAGCCCUUCUCUAUGUAACCAGCCAUGGCAGUGCAUUAAAGAGGAACAAGUAGCUUCGACAUUAAGUUUCCCAAAAGGUUGAGCUGCCCACACUUCUGGCAAGGGUUCCCCUCUCUCCUGCGUGAACGGGGCAUCCAGAAUAAGAAGUGCCCCGUUCUGUGGUGGAGAAAGAAGAAAGGGGAGAGGGUGAAGCUGGGAAAGUAAAGGCAGCACAUUAGAGAAGGAAGAAAGGAAGCCGGUAACUGAGGGCCUGCUGCCUGCCCAGCCCUGGGCCAGACCCUCAAUGGAAGCCAUCGCAUUUAAGCCCUGCAACCAAUGAGAUGCACAUUAUCAUUGCCUCUUACAGACAAGAAAACCAGACUCAGAGAGGUUGAGUCCACAUCCCAGACAGCGCACUGCAAACACGGGUGGAGUGGUUCCUAGAAGACAUCGGUUUUAAGAAGGAAAGUUAUUGAAAUGCAUGGAUAGAAACUGAAUUAGGAAAAUCAGCAAAGUGAUUGUAAAAGAGAAGGACUAGCCUGCCUAGAGAUGAUGUUUCUUGCUUUUGGAAAAAAAAUCUCUGAAAUUUGAUUCUUACUACAGAUUUAAAACUUUCUACAUAUUACAUGUAGGUGCUUCUAGUGUUUUCAAGAAAUUAGACUGUACCUGUGUAUACUUCUAAGGCCCACAUGGACCUAUGUAUAUAUAUCUAAGACCUCUGAUCAUUAAAACCUAUAAAGGAUUGAGCUGUCCCAAGUAUCCUGUCUUUCUGUAAUGGCUAUAAACUUUAUUUGGUAGGUUAGGGAGGUUGUGUAACAUAAAAACACAUCACUAUAUAUAUAUAUAUAUCUUUAUUUAUGUAAAUAAAAGUGUUAUUAAUGAUUAUAUACUUUUGCUUAACAAAAUAACACAUGAUGAGAGUUUGAGUUGUCAACAUAUAUUUUAAGUAUCUAUUGCUAAAAACAUAGUAAGCUGCAGAGAUUUCUUUGUCAUAAGCCAAUCGUCAAAAGAGUUCCUAACAAUGGUGAUGUCUAAUAUAUAAGAAUAAGGUACCUCUGAGGGAACUUCAUAUUUUCAGAGUUUAAAAUUAUUGCUACUCUCAAUUUAGAAAAAAGGGAGAAAGCUAGAAGAACAAAUGACAUGCUCAAAUGUAUUGCAUAAGUCAACCUCAAACCUUAAUACUUGGAGCUUUGCUACCUCCUGAUCCUGUCUUACAGAUAAGGUCCCUAUGCUAGGUUUAUUUUAUUGUCAGGUUCCAUUUAGCUCAUUAAAGGUCACUGCUGCUUCAAAGGGCUUUGCAGAGUGGAUGCCAUUUAUAACCACUGACGGAAUGUUUUCAGCUAUUUAUCCAAAUUACAGGAAAUGAAAGCUGAAAAGGUUGGAUAAGAACUGUGUUGAAAAUUCAUAGUUUUAAGUUUGAUGGAUUCCAUUCAGGCAAGUGUGUUUCAGCAAAUCUCUAGAAAUUUACGCUGAUUAAAAUUUUAGCGGCUGUAUUGGAAGUUCCAGACAUGGCGAUAAGGCAAGAAAAAGAGAUUAAAUGCAUACAGAUCAGAAAGAGAAAAACAAUGUAUCCCUAUUUAGAGAAGACAGGAUGGCCUACAUAGAAAAUUCCAAGUAAACUAUUUUUUAAAAAAGAAACUCUAGAACUAGUAAGUGAAUGCAGCAAGGUCUCAGGACACAAGACCAGCACACGAAAGUCAAUUGCAUUUCUCUACGCUAACGAUGAACAUGUGUGUGGGGGAGGGGGGCCCACUGAAAACACAAUACCAUUUGCAAUCACUCCAAAGUGAAAUAUUUAUGUAUAAACAAAACUUACCCAGGACCUGUGUAGUGAAAAUUUUUUAAUGCUAAGAAAAGAAAUUAAUGAUCUAAACAAAGAAAAAGAGAUACCAUUCUUGGAUUGGAAGAUACAAAACAAUAAAGAGAUCGGUUCUCCCCAUCUUUAUCUCUAGGUUUAAUGCCAUUCCUAUCAGAAUCCCAGUGAGGAUUUUGUAGACCUAUACAAGCUUAUUUUAAAAGUUAUUUGAAAAGGUACAGGCAUUGAAAUAGCUAAAACAAUCUUGUAAAAGCAGAAUAAGGUUGGAGAAAUCAUUCUAUUUAAUACAAAGGGUUAUUAUGUAGCUACAGUACUCAAGAAAGUGGCAUUUGGUGGCCUAGAAACACACACUUGAUGGAACAGAAUAGGGAAUCUAGAAGGCCCACACAAAUAAGCUCAAUUGAUUUUUUUUUUAACAAAAGUACAAAACGAAUUCAACAGAGGAUAGUCUUUUCAAUAAACUGGAGCAAGUGGACAUCCAUAGGCAAAAUGAACGUUGGACUACACAUACUUUAUACAAAAAUUAACUCAAAAGAGAUCAUAUCUGUACACAUAAAAUGUAAAACUAUAAAACUAUAGAAUAUAGAAAAUCUUUGGGAACAAGGGCUAAGCAAAGAGUUUUUAGACUUAAUACCAAAAGCACAAUUCAUAAAAGAAAAUGUGAUAAAUUAAACUUCAUCAGAAUUUAAAACAUUUGCUCUGCAAAAGACCAUGUUAAAAAGGCUGAGAAGACAAGCUACAUACUGAGAGAAAAUAUUUCCAAAUCACACAUCCAACAAAAGAUUAGUAUCUAGAAUAUGUAAAGAACUGUCAAAACUGAACAGUUAAAAAAUUUUUAAUUAGAAAAUGGAGCACAUAAACAGACAUUUCACUGCAGAGAAUAUACUAAUGGCAAAUAGUAUAUGAAAAGACAUUCAACAGCACUAGUCACUAGGGAACUGCAAACUAAUACUACCAUGAGCUAUCACUGCAUACCUACCAAAAUGGCUAAAAUUUAAAAAUGAUGAUAACACCAAAUGCUGACACGGAUGCAGAUAAACUGGGACAGGCAUAUACUAGUGGUGAGAAUGUAAAAUGGAACAGCCAUUCCGGAAAACCAUUUGGCAGUUUCUUAUAAAACUAAACAUAUAACUGCCAUACUGACCCUCAAGCUGCUGCCCAGAAUUUAUCCCAGAGAAAUGAAAAGAGGUUUGCACAAACGCUUCUGCAAGAACAUCCAUAUCAGCUUUAUUGAUAACGUUCAAAAAGUGGGAGCAAUCAAAUGGCCUUUAACAGGUGGCUGGUGAAGCAGUGGGUGGUGCCCUCAUGCCUGGAAUACUACUCAGCAAUCAAAAAAAGAACUAAUUACUGACACGGACAACUGCUGGGACGCAUUCCAGAGAAUUAUUCUGAGAGAGUGAAGCCAAUCAUAGAAGUUUACACACUGUAUGGUUCCAUUUACAUAACAUUUCGAAAUGUAAAAUUAUAGGAAUGGAGACUAGAUAAGGGGUUGCCAGGGAGGAGUGCGGAGAACAAGAGAGUUGGGUGUAACUGUAAAAAGAUGACACAAGAGAUCCUCAUGGUGAUGGACAUGUUCAGUAUCUUGACCAAAUCAAUGUGAAAAUCCUGGUUGGAAUAUUGUAGUAGAGUUUAGCAAGAUGUGCCAUUGGGGAAAACUAGGUGUAAAGAGCAUAGGAUCUCUGUAGUAUUUCUUAACGACUGCAUGUGAAUCUACAAUUAUCUACAACUAUCUCAGAAUCUACAAUUAUCUCUGAGUAAAAAGCUUAACAUAAACAAGAUUUAAGGAUUAGCUUAAUAAAGCAUUUAUGCUCUCUCUCUUAUUAGUCCCUAAUAAAUGAGGAACUGAGCUAUAGGCUAAAAUCUAGUACAAAGAGAUAGUAUUUCAUGUGUUAACCCUUAAUAUAUGCAUUUGCUGAAGAGAUGUAAAAUUCUUUAAAAUUUUUCUAAAUAUGUUCAGUUUAAUGUUAAAUACAAAUUAAUAAGAAUUCAGCAAAUCUGCUGUAUAGACUUUAAGUGGGUCACUCAGGAGGAGAGGACAUCUUCAAAUUUCUGAUAUAAAUAUGUUGAGUAAGCUAUAGGUAUAUAGGCAUCCAAGUCUAUGUAUAAUGAUUCUCCACUGAUUUUAUAGAGAAGAACUAUAUUUCCAGUAAUCUUCCUCUAAAUAUUGUGGAAAACAAUUCUGUUUUAGUGAAUAAGCUAAUUAAAGCCUAUUCAGACCACCAUGUUUUUAUUUAUAGUGACUGUACAUAUCCAUGAUAUUGACAUAGAGUAUAAUUCUGAUUUUACUUGUUUCAAUAUGCCUUGUAUUUAUUGGCUGUUUAUUAAAAUAGUCGCUUUUUGGUUGAAAAGUAUUUAUGCUGGGUGAGGUGGCUCAUGCCUGUAAUCCCAACAUUUUGGGAGACAAAGGCAGGAGGAUGACUUGAGGUCAGGAGUUCAAGACCAGCCUGGGCAACAUAAUGAGACCCCAUAUCUACAAAGAAUGUU